AUGGCAUCAGCCUCGACACUUCCGGGGUUGUUAGACACCUUAAGUCAAUCACUAUCGUCAGCUCUCGAAGCUACACCAAAACUGUCCGGGAUAGAGCCACAGAAGGACGGUUUAUCUCUACUCGAUGUCAAGAAUGAGCUUCUACUCUCCUACCUCCAGAACCUAGUCUUUCUCAUCCUCCUCAAAAUCCGCCAGUCACGGAAUGGAAACUCAGGUAAUGCCGAUAGUUCCUCCUCUUUGGACGAUGCCGUCGUUAAGAAGCUUGUUGAGCUGCGGCUUUACCUCGAGAAAGGUGUUCGCCCCCUCGAAGACAAAUUACGCUACCAGAUCGAAAAAGUGUUGCGCGCUGCAGACGAUGCAGAGCGGAAUGCGAAAGCUCUAGAGACAGCAAAGAACACCGAGAAGGAUGGAUCGGGCUCAGAGUCUGAAUCUGGUAGCGAUGAGGAAAGCGACGAGGAGAAUGAACACGAAGAUCAAGGGCGAAAGAUCUCAGACUUGCAGUAUCGUCCUAAUUUAUCUGCUUUCGUACGCCCUGCGGCUGCUGCAGCUCCUACAACAAAGAAAGACACGAAUGGUGUUUACCGACCGCCUAAAGUCGCACCGACCGUGAUGCCAACAACAGAGCGCCGCGAGAGAACGGACCGCAGAGCACUGAAAUCUGCCACUAUGGACGAAUACAUCGCCGAUGAGCUCUCCGCUGCUCCAAUGGCUGAGCCAAGUAUUGGUACAACUAUCGUUCAGGGUGGUCGGAAGACCAAGACAGCCUCGGAGCGAAAGGCAGAAGCAGAGAGACUAGAGUAUGAAGAACGGAACUUCGUGCGACUACCGAAAGAAAGCAAAAAGGACCGUGCCCAGAAAGCAAAGAUUGAGGGUCGAAGAGGGCGUAUGAAUUUCGGAGGUGAAGAGUGGAGAGAUCUCGGCGCGGGAGUGGAUAGGAUCAAUCGCUUGACCAAGAGCAAGGGAGCCGGCGGCGGGACGAAGGCCCUCCUCGAUAAGAGUAGAAAGAGGGGCUUCGAGACCGUGGAUGGCCCACGAGGAAGUGGCAGCGCUGGUGUGGAAAUAGGCGACAGAUUUCAAAAGAGACUGAAGACGCUUGAGCGUGGCAGAGGAAAGAAACGAUGA